UCGACAAAAUGGGUCAGUCGAAAGCUGGAAAAGUGAAAGAGACUUCAAAGGAAAAGAAACAAAGGCGAAAGGAAUUCGAGCAAACUCAAAAACAAGUCAAAACAAUCGUUUUGCCGGGAUUGGUAGCUGUUUUCAUUUUUAUUGCUAUUUACGUUUAUAUCAAAACGAGGCCCAGAAGCACCUAUAUUGACUGAUUUCUCAAAGAGAAAGUGUUAUUUUUUAUGUAAAUAAAUAAAUUUUAUAUUUGAAAA